AUGAAACUUUGUCUAAUAACUUUAGAUAAGGAUGGUGUAAUAGUAUGGGAUAACAGUGAAAAAAAAUCAUAUGAAUAUGAUGCACCGAAAAAUUGUAACAUUAUUUCACCAUCAGGUGCUGGAGAUUGCUUUAAUUCUGGAUUUAUAGCAUCAUUAAUACACAAUAAAUCAAUAUCAGAAUCUUUAGCUAUUGCUACAAAUUGUGCCAAGCAAUCAAUAGAAUCUGAAAAAGCGGUUCCAGAUAAAUUUAAUGUAUUAAAAUAA